UUCCACUUAUUUGCUUUAUUUUGCAAAUCGAUUCGGGGAAAUGCGACAAAACGAAAAUUUAGUGUUGAUUGGAUCCAAAGUCAUUCUCGUCCCAUAUAAAGAAGAGCAUGUGUUAAAAUACCAUGACUGGAUGCAAUCGCCAUUUCUUCAAGAAAUGACGGCAUCCGAGCCACUUACGUUGGAUGAGGAAUACGCUAUGCAACGCUCGUGGCACGAAGAUGAAAAAAAAUGUACAUUUAUUCUACUGGCGGCACCAGAUGACAAGAACACACUGUCGUCUUUUGCAGAUAUGAAGGAGGGCUCCGUCAUGAUUGGAGAUGUCAAUAUCUUUCUAAACGACCAGGAUGACGAUCCAACAUUCGGCGAAAUUGAAAUCAUGAUUGCCGAAGAACGUUAUCGGCGCGGCGGAAGAGGGUUAGAAGCACUCAAGAUCACGAUGGCUUAUGCAACAACCGAAUUAGGGCUCAAGACCUUUCAUGCCAAAAUUUCGUUGACAAACGAACCCAGCAUUGACUUGUUUACCAGAAAGUUAGGGUUUUACCCGGUCUCGACGUCCCAAGUGUUCCAAGAGACUACUCUCGAGUGGUCAUGUCUUCCAAAACCUUCUUCUCCUCCUGCUUCCGGUAUUGACGACGAUGACAGCAGCAAUGAUGCAUACGGAGCCAAAGCAACUGAUGAACAACGGCAAAGAAAUCAUGCUAUGCGCGACGCAUUGAUAGAAUUUUGGACAACGCAUGUAAAGAAAGAUCGAUGGCCAUAGAAGAAAGAAUAAGCAACUUUAGUUUUAGGUGUCAUUAGAUGCAAAACGAGCAGGGGCUGUUUGAGAAGGGGAUGUCUAGCCAUUAGAAAAAGGACAUUACUAGUAAAAAGAAAAAGGUUUGUGCGUUCGCACGGCAGCGAGAG